UAGGUACCUAUGUGCUAUAGGUAGUGUAGUCUUCGGAGUUCAGUCAACUUUCGCCGAGUACUUACAUAGUGUAUUGGAGGCAUUAAAGCAGAGCACAAUAAUCAGCAAAGACUAUUUAUUUUCUACUAAGGUAGUCAGUAACUCAGUACAAAGUUCAAAAAAGUAAACUUGUUAUAGUAAAUAUAAAAUGACUUUAAAAUUAUACUGCGAUCUCAUGUCUCAGCCCUCAAGGGCUCUUUAUAUUUUAUUAAAAUCUAUUAAAUGUAAUUUUGAGCCGAAAUUCGUAAAUUUACGACAAGCUGAACAUUAUUCUGAAGAGUACUCUGCAAUAAAUAGGUUCCAGAAGGUACCAGUGAUAGAUCACAAUGGAUUUAUACUAACUGAAAGUAUUGCUAUUCUCAAAUAUUUAUCGAGAGAGAAUGUGAUACCAGAAAGUCUGUACCCUAAAGAGUCUAAGGCUCAGGCCAGAGUGGAGGAGUUUCUGGAGUGGCAGCAUGCGGGGCUUAGACUGCAUUGUGCAAUGUACUUUCGGGUCAAAUACUUAAAUCCAGUGAUGUUUGGCAAACCUGCUGAUCCUACUUCUUUAGCUGGGUACAAGAGCCGCAUGGAGGCAGCUCUGUCAGAGUUCAAUGACAAGUGGCUGGGCAGAGGGACUGACUUCAUCUAUGGAAAUACUCCUACUGUGGCAGACUUGGUGGCAGCUUGUGAAUUGGAACAACCUCGAAUGAGUGGCUAUGAUCCUAGUGUUAAUUACAAGAACAUAAAUGUAUGGUGGAAGAAAGUGCGGGAGCAUUUCAACCCUGUCUAUGACGAAGGGCAUGUUAUAGUCAAUAAGAUUAUUAAGAAAAACACACAGGAUGGCAAACGAUCAGACGGAGCUGAUGGUAGGAAUUGGCGUCGUCGAUGGAUACCCUCAUCAACAAAGGAGUUCGAGCGCGUUGCCGUACUAUUGGGGAUAAGAGUUUUGGAGAUUUACGUAAUUGGGGAGGGAAAGGAAGGAUUGGACCUUCGGUAACCCGACUUACACGACGAUACACAAGGCUCUGGUUGUUUCACGCCAUUUUCUGUAAGGCAGUGGUAUCACUCCGAUCAAGCCGACCUAAUAGUGUCGAAGCAUUAUUCUCCCACACUUAAAAUAAAAGAAUAGACGAGAGGAAGAUUAUGGGCAUUGAUUAAUUAUGGAAAGUGAUAAGUUCGUGAAUGAGAAGAAUUAGAAGGUCCAAAAUUAGUUUGUAGG